CAAUUUUCCCACCCUCAACCUCACUUGUUCCCAUUAUUCUACCACAAACCACCAUGUCGCAACCCGAUCAAUACAAGUAUUUCAACAUCACCUUCCCGCCAGAGCACGAACAUGUUGCCCACGUCGAAAUCAACCGCCCCGCCAAACUGAACGCCUUUAUCGAAGCGAUGUGGCUCGAACUCUCAGAAAUCUUCACUCACCUCUCCACCUCCCCCUCCGUCCGCGCCAUCGUCCUCAGCGGCGCCGGCCCCAAAGCCUUCACCGCGGGCCUCGACGUCCACGCCGCCAGCCAGGGCCUCCUCUCCCCCUCCACCACUAACGACCCCCAGGACCCAGCGCGCAAGGCCACCCACCUCCGCCGCCACGUCCUCUCUUUCCAGUCCUGCAUCUCCUCCCUCGAACGCUGCGAGAAACCGAUCGUGGUGGCCAUGCACGGCUUCGCCCUCGGCCUGGCGGUGGACAUCAGCGUCACGGCGGACGUGCGCGUCUGCGCAGCCGACACGCGCUUCGCGGUCAAGGAGGUGGACAUCGGGCUGGCGGCGGAUAUCGGGACGUUGAGUCGGCUGCCCAAGGUGGUGGGGACGUUUGGGUGGGUGAAGGAGGUGUGUUUGACCGGCAGGAUCUUUGGGGCGGAGGAGGCGCUCCGGGUGGGGUUUGUGAGUCGCGUCUGGGAGGACAAGGAGGCGGCGGUGCGGGGGGCGUUGGAGUUGGCGGGGGUUAUGGCGGGGAAGAGUCCCGUCGCUGUGCAGGGGACGAAGGAGUUGUUGAAUUGGUCGAGGGAUCGGAGGGUUGAGGAUGGGUUGAGGUAUACGGCGGUUUGGAAUAGUGCGGCGUUGCAGACAAAGGAUGUCGAGGCGGCGUUGUUGUCGGGGAUUCAGAAGCGGAAGCCGACUUUUGAGAAGUUGUAAGUAGUUCAUGGUGUAUAUUAUGAGUUACGGUGGUACUGCUGGUUUGGUACUGUCUGCAUGCGGUGAAGAUUUACUUGCAGGGACGAUGAGCUGUGAUGGAUGCUGCGCACAGCAUAGAGUGGAGUCGGUAUAGCGUGGUGGUUGUAUUAGAUCCAUGCAUCCAUAGACAUACAUACUUG